CUGUGAAAUAUCAGUGAGUAAAAAACGAACAGAUGCAGAAUUAUGUGCUUUAUUAUUUUCAAAUCUGUGUUAAUGACACGAAGAGUCCCGGUGUCUGCUACUGUCAGUGAGGGCAAUUUCCUGUUAAUCAGCUGAUUUGCCGUUAAGUUCUCCUAUUUCUUCACGGGCGAACCAGUCAGACUUGCUCCAUAACGAACUUUGCAGGGGGAAAUAGAAUACGGAACACGAACAUUUAAAUACAGCCAUCCCUGCAUGUUCGCACCACAAGGCAGACGGAGGGACACCGUGUUGCAGCUUUCACAUUCCAGUUUCGAGAGGAUCAUCAGAAGAGGAAAAAGCAAAAAUGGGUUAUGGAGACAUCAUGCGUGUUGAAACUACUGGUGCUUCAGAGAAAACAGCCCGGAAGGACAAGCUGGAUUACACAGGUGUGAAGGCGUCACACACCAUGGCAGAGACUGAUCAGGGCCGAAUGAAAAAGUACAAGUCCAUCAUCAGCACAGUGGGAGACAAAUAUGGAAUCGAUCCUGCUAUUAUUGCUGGCAUCAUCUCCAGAGAGUCCAGGGCUGGAAAUGUGCUGCAUGAUGGCUGGGGAGACUAUGACCCAAAAAGAGGAGCGUAUAACGCCUGGGGACUGAUGCAGGUUGAUGUCAAUCCUAGCGGAGGUGGACACACUGCACGGGGCGGGUGGGACAGUGAGGAACAUCUCUGCCAAGGCACAGAGAUCUUGAUUUAUUUCAUCGAACGGAUCCAAAAAAAGUUUCCUGCCUGGAGCCCGGAGCAGCAGCUGAAAGGAGGGAUAGCAUCCUACAAUAUGGGAGACAAAAACGUCCGUACCAUUGAAAGAAUGGAUGUCGGCUCAUCAGGUGGAGACUACUCCAGUGAUGUUGUUGCCAGAUCUCAGUGGUACAAAAACAAUUUUUUUUAAAAGCUGAAGCUGUCCACAACAAAAUUCUCCUCAAGAUCUCCUUCAAAUCAUGAAGAAAACAAUGUAAUGAGUGUAAUUUGUCAAAACUUAAGGUGAAUAAACAUAA